AAAUGUUGUGAAGUUGUGAACGCCAUGGUCAAGGCGGAGCUUGGAAAGCCACUUGUUCUGGGAGAUCUUGAUCCUGGUUCUUCGGACUCGGCAGCAAUUCUUUGGCUUCAUGGCUUUGGGGAUUCGCCUGGAGGAUGGGCUGCAGGUCUGCAGCCAUUCCGAACCUCGGUGGAUGCAAAGUGGAAGUGGAUCCACCUUUGUGCACCCACCUUUGUACAGCCAUGCUUCGGGAAUCGAAAAUUCAGGGCGUGGGGACAGUUUCUUACACAGGAACGGCUUCGACCAGGAUCCACUGAUUACAUGGAUAAUGACAAAGAAGGUGCUUACGCCUCCUCAGUAGAAGCAGUGCUAGCUGAACUUGGUGAACUAGAGCGAAGUUUGCCGCCCAAUCGGUUGGUGAUUGGUGGUUUUUCGCAAGGGGCAGCUAUUGCCUUGGAAUGUGCACUUCGGUAUCCAAAGGCUUUGGCCGGUUGCAUUGUCUUAGCGGGCUGGGCCAGACCACCUGUGCAUGAGUUGCUUGCAGCUGCCAAAGGGAAGCAGGAGAUCUCCACACCAUUUUUACUUUGCCACGGCGAAUCUGACGAUAUGGUAGACGUUAGUUGUGCGGAAGCUGCCAAAGACAUGUUGCUUGAGUCUGGUGCGAAUGUUCAGUUUCACAAGUACCCUGGCAUCCAGCACGAGUCGUGUCCAGAACUUCUCACUGCUGUCAUGGAAUUUAUGUGCAAUAGUCUGCACUUGCAAAUUCCUGAGAACGUCAAGUGGGAAAAUGGGAGUGACAGUGAUUCAGAAAACGCUCUGGUUUAUGUGUCAAGGAGUAGGCUGGAGCCUCUUCAAAAUGCACAAGGAGACCUUGGCAAUGAAUCUAUUGUGGAACUACUUGACCCUGCCGGUUUAGCUGAAACUGAGAUUCUUGUACCUGCGGUCUUGCAGCCAGAACAACUGUUGUCUAUGCCUCCUGCAGAAGCGAUCAAAGUUAUCGCGGAAGCGGUUGGGGGUUCCACUGGGCCAGAGAUCACAGUCAAAGAGUGGCGUGACAUGCAUUGCCUGUGCAGUGAAGCUAGUGAAGAGGCUGAGGAGGAGGAGUUGAGCAACGACGACGAUGACAGCGAUGCGGAACCACAAGAGGAUGGCCAGAGCGGUCAGGCUGCCGAGUCCGAGGCUUGCAGCGAGCCGCCUGAAAAAAGAUCGCGUCGAGAAGGUGCAGACGGUGCAGACGAUUGACCAGGGCAGGCAUAGCAUGGGAAGUGCACAGCGAGACUUGCCAAGUAAUUACAAAAAAAAGUCCUUGCAUGUUGCGGGGGAAGUGUGACUGAAGUCUGCUCAAAAUGUGCACAGCACGGUACAGCAUCUGGCUUUGUGCAGAGUUGUGCAUGCUUGAACCAGCUCAUUUUUGAUUUAAGCAAAACUCAACAGUUUCAACAGAACGUGGCAGAAUGAGUGCAUAAAGGCAUAAGAAGGGCAAAGCUCUGUGGCAGUGAAGUCCCUUUGCCAGAAGCCUAAGGAAUGAACAAUCGUCAGGGGAGAACAGCAAUUUCAGAUG